GAAGACCUUUAAGCCAUUAAAGAAAUACUGCAACGAAGACGACAAAGAAGAUUAAAAAUUAAAGAUGGUCUCCACUGACACAACAGCCACCACCACCACCACCACCACUACCUCUGCCUCGUCUCCUCAAUCUCAAUCUUCCCCUGGUCUCUCCCCAUCUUCUCCUCCUCCUCCGGUUGUCAUCAGCCCCUGCGCCGCCUGUAAGAUCCUCCGUCGUCGAUGCGUCGAGAAAUGCGUACUCGCCCCUUACUUCCCUCCGACAGAACCCCUCAAGUUCACCACUGCUCAUCGAGUGUUUGGUGCAAGCAACAUCAUCAAGUUCUUGCAGGAACUACCAGAGUCACAGAGGGCUGAUGCGGUGAGUAGCAUGGUUUAUGAAGCAAACGCAAGGAUUAGAGACCCAGUUUAUGGGUGCGCAGGAGCGAUUUGCCAGCUCCAGAAACAAGUGAGUGAUCUGCAAGCCCAAUUGGCGAAGACCCAAGCAGAGCUCGUGAAUAUGCAUUGCCAACAGGCAAACCUUCUGGCUUUAAUCUACAAGGAGAUGUCUCAGUCUCAACAACAACCCAUGCAACCAUCUUUGGAGUACAGCUUCAUCAAUAGCCCUCUUCACAGCUACCAAAUCAAUGGCUGCUUCUCAGAUGACAACAAUUUGGGCUCAGUCUGGGAACCCCUCUGGACAUGAUUAUCAGUUUUACCAAUAGGAAGCCAACUCCCCCAUCUCAUAAGUUGAUGAUGGAAGA